CUUCAGUCAGCGGCGUCCGGCGGGCUCCGCCGCCGCCAUCCCCCCAGGCUCCCCACGCGGGUUUGGGCAGGGAGCGCGUGUCCUCAAAUCUCCCCAUUCCCGGCGGAGGCACAGCCAGCAUUGCCCCUCCCCCACGCCUGCGAUAUUCGCGCGUUCGUGGCCGGUGACUGCGAGCGGCCCAGUGGUUUACGCGACCCAGCUCAUGUUCAGUACUAAACAGAGAAGAUGGUGAAGAUCUGCUGCAUCGGAGCUGGCUAUGUCGGCGGUCCAACCAUGGCUGUCAUUGCCCUCAAAUGCCCAGCAAUUGAGGUGGCAGUUGUUGACAUUUCUAAGCCUCGCAUUGAUGCCUGGAACAGUGACCGGCUCCCGAUCUAUGAGCCUGGUCUUGAUGAGGUUGUGAAGGAGUGCAGGGGCAGGAACCUCUUCUUCAGCACUGACGUUGAGAAGCAUGUUGCGGAGGCAGACAUUAUAUUUGUAUCUGUCAACACCCCCACCAAGACCCGUGGCCUCGGAGCAGGGAAGGCUGCUGACCUCACCUACUGGGAGAGUGCUGCUCGGAUGAUUGCCGAUGUCUCCAAGUCUGAUAAGAUCAUUGUUGAGAAGUCCACUGUCCCUGUCAAGACUGCAGAGGCAAUUGAGAAGAUCUUGACCCACAAUAGCAAGGGGAUCAACUACCAGAUCCUCUCAAACCCGGAGUUCCUUGCGGAGGGCACGGCAAUCGAAGAUCUGUUCAAGCCUGACAGAGUGCUCAUUGGUGGCCGGGAGACUCCUGGGGGCAAGAAGGCUGUUCAAGCUCUCAAGGAGGUUUACGCCCACUGGGUUCCUGAGGACAGGAUUAUCACCACCAAUCUGUGGUCUGCUGAGUUAUCCAAGCUCGCAGCCAAUGCGUUCUUGGCCCAGAGGAUCUCCUCUGUGAAUGCCAUCUCAGCGCUAUGUGAGGCCACUGGUGCCAAUGUGUCUGAGGUGGCUUACGCUGUGGGGAAGGACUCCAGGAUCGGCCCCAGGUUCCUGAACGCUAGUGUUGGCUUUGGUGGCUCCUGUUUCCAGAAGGACAUCCUGAAUCUUGUGUACAUCUGCGAGUGCAAUGGCCUCCCUGAAGUGUCCAACUACUGGAAGCAGGUCAUCAAGAUCAAUGACUACCAGAAGAGCCGGUUUGUCAACCGUGUCGUGUCCUCCAUGUUCAACACUGUCUCCGGCAAGAAGAUCGCCGUCCUUGGCUUUGCGUUCAAGAAGGACACCGGUGACACCAGGGAGACACCGGCCAUUGAUGUGUGCCAUGGCCUGCUGGGUGACAAGGCUCAGAUCAGCAUCUAUGACCCACAAGUCACUGAGGAUCAGAUCCAACGGGACCUCGCCAUGAGCAAGUUCGACUGGGACCACCCGAUGCACCUGCAGCCAACUAGCCCUACCGCGUUUAAGCAGGUGAGCGUGGUCUGGGAUGCAUAUGAAGCCACCAAGGGAGCCCAUGGCGUCUGCAUCCUCACUGAGUGGGAUGAGUUCAAGACCUUGGACUACCAGAAGAUCUUUGACAACAUGCAGAAACCUGCAUUUGUGUUCGACGGACGCAACAUGGUCGAUCCCGAGAAGCUCAGGGAGAUUGGCUUCAUCGUCUACUCCAUUGGCAAGCCGCUUGAUGCAUGGCUCAAGGACAUGCCCGCAGUUGUGUAGUAGUUUUCUGUAUACCUGAAGGGCUAUGUUGGAGCUGAAGAAAUUCGACGAGAAAGAGGAACUGGUUGACCAUCAUUGGUUAUAGUUCAAAUUAUUUUACAUGAGAUGCUACCGACUACCGACAUUAAGUUGGGUUCUAUUAGUAUCUCUGAAGUUUUCCGUGCUUGCACAUUUGUAGAUCUGAAAUCCUCCAGCCUUUUCUGUUGUCUUUUUCCUUGUAUCACAUGAAAUGCUUACAGCCAGCCUGACUUUUAUUCUUUUAUUGUAUUCCCAAGUCGGUACAGAUUAAUGAUGCUUUUUUUUUUGCCAAAUAACAGCAGCCUUAUUUGCUCAUUUCAUAUUUUCAUUGCAAUUUGCCUGUAUGCAGUAAUCGUAUAAAAGGAUGGAGGUUUUGGAUUCAUCGAACUUUUGAUGCUGCCUUUCUUCCGAGUGCCAGAGAUUCAGUGAACGGAGAAGAGAGCUGGCUGGAGAUGGCCAAGUGCCAGAGCCACAAACCAACUCAGCUUCCUCCAGUAUAAUGUGAAGUUUGUUGCAUGGUGUUCCGUUUCUUGUGCUGCUGCAAUCUCGCGGACCAUUUCUGUCUGCUCAAUUGGUUCUGAAUUUGUGAUCAGAAAAGCCACUGGAAUAUUGGGCCUUGUUUAGUUCCCAAAAUUUUUCUCCAAAAACAUCUUAUCGAAUUUUUGACACCUAAAU